AUGUAUCAUCAUUCCGACCAACUACAACUUCCCGCCGGUCUCCUUGCGCUCUCAACAGCAGAACUCAACUCCGACCCCGCAGCUCUCGAAACAUCUCAAUUGGCCUCCAACCGCACAAGUCAAAUCAACAACCAGUACACGACCAAGAUGACACGGACGCUGGAGAUCAAGAUAACACACGCCGAGCCGCCCCUCACCACCGAGGCGCCCCUCACCACCGAGGACGGAGAGACGCUCACGAUGACCAAGCUACAAGCUCUGGCCGCCUCCCUGCUCCCCGACAAGACCGACUUCUCGAUGCGCUACACCGACUCGGACGGCGACCAAGUGACGCUCACCACCGACGCCGACGUGAACGAGCUCGAGAAGUACAUGCAGAGCGAGCAGCUGCAGACCCUCGAGGUGCUGGUCGAGCCGCGGCAGCCGCCGACCUCCCACCGCGCCGCCACCGCCGUGCACACGCAACUGCGCGGCCUCGUGACGGCCAUGUCCAAGUUGACGGCCAAGACCGACGCCAACCCCACGCCCACCAGCGCCGUGAACCUGCUCGUCGCGAGUCUGCACGCCAUGGACGUGGCCGAAGACGCAGCCGAGCUCGCGGCCAUCAAGACAGAGCUGCUGCUGGUGCUGCAAGAUGACGAGUUCCGCAGCGCCGUCCAGGAGCUGAGCGCCUCAGAAGAUUUCAAGGAGCUCGCGCACGCCAUGGUGAUGGCCAUCUACGGCCAAGACGCGCAGGCCAUCGAGGACGCGGCCACGGCGCGCUUCGACGAGCUGCUGGCCUUCGCUCAGAUCAUCUCGCUCAUGGCUGGCUUGGUGCGCUACAACGACGAAGAUGUCAACGGCGACGACGCAGCGUCGGACUCGUCCAGCUGCAGCAGCCGCUCCAGCAGUUGCUGCAGCGACGACGACGACGACGACGACGACCACGAGACGGUGGACGUCGAAGUGUUCGCAGAGCAAGUGCCGCUGCACAUGGGCGUCAUCUGCAAUGGAUGCGAGACAGCUCCGCUCGUGGGGGUCCGCUACAAGUCGCUCGAGGUGCUGCACUUCAACCUGUGCGAGGACUGCGAAGCCAGUGGCAACUACAUGCGCUACGAGCCGUUCAUCAAGAUCACGGACCCGUCGCGCGCGCCCAAGCAGAAGCGCACCUCCGACCUCGUGCAUCCGUACGUGACGUGCGACGGCUGCGAGAUGAGCCCCAUCGUGGGCGUCCGCUUCAAGUCCGACACGAAGGACGACUUCGACCUGUGCGAGGCCUGCGAGGCGGGCGGCAAGUGGACUGAGUCGCACGGGCCAUUCACCAAGAUCGAGGAGCCCAGCAUGAUGCGCGCGCUCAAGUUCACGUGCCGUCGAGGCGGCAAGUUCGGACACCACGGCACGCUCGGCCACCACCACCAUCAUGGGCACGGCCGUCGUCACGGCUGCGACGGGAAGUUCGGCCAUCACCAUGACGACCACCACCACCGUCAUCACGGCAAGUUUGACGAAGAAGCAAGUUCCACUCAGGAGAUCCGUGACGCUGCCGCCCGCAACAACCUCGCGACCGAUGAGAACAUGGAGGUUGAAGACACCACCAACGUUCAAGUCGAGGCGAGUGGUGAGAACAUAGGCGCCGCGGAGACAGAGGGCAAGGCGAACUACAGCGAGACGCUGGCGCAACUGGCAUCCAUGGGCUUCGACGAUGUGGAGAAGAAUAUCCGCGCUCUAGAGCUGGCCAACGGAAACGUGGGCGGGGCCGUGAACGUUCUUUUGUCGGAGUGA